GUCACCUUGCUGAGGCCCCAGGAUGGAAAUCCACAGGUGCCCUGGCAGCUACCUAAUCCCUCUUCUUCUUUUCCUGUUCCACUCAGAGACAGCCUGCCGCCCCUCCAGGAAGAGACCCUGCAAGAUGCAAGCUUUCAGAAUCUGGGAUGUCAACCAGAAGACCUUCUACCUGAGGAAUAACCAACUAGUCGCUGGAUACUUGCAAGGCCCAAAUUCUGAGCUGGAAGAGAAGCUAGACGUGGUGCCCAUCGAGCCUCACACUGUGUUCCUGGGGAUCCACGGGGAAAAGCUGUGCCUGGCUUGUGUCAAAUCUGGUGAUCAGAUCAGACUCCAGUUGGAGGCAGUUAACAUCACUGACCUGAGCAAGGACAAGGAGCAGGACAAGCGCUUCACCUUUAUCCGCACAGAAAAUGGUCCCACCACCAGCUUUGAGUCAGCUGCCUGUCCCGGAUGGUAUCUCUGCACUGCCCUGGAGGCUGACCGGCCUGUCAGCCUCACCAACACACCUGAGGAGGCCAUCAUGGUCACCAAGUUCUACUUCCAGCAGGACUAGUGUACGGCCACAUCCCUUCUCCAUUCACAGCCCAUGGACGACUGUAGAGAGACUACCUUUUCACCUCUGUGCAGGGUCUCCUGCUCUCUCCUGGGCUCUGAGGAUCAGCUUUGGUACAGUGGACACUCAGGAGGCAGUACUAGAGCCCUAGAAGAAACAGGACUCUGUCUCCAGCCUUCUCAGUUAACCCCGCCUCCGUGCCAUCUCCACAAUGGACUUUCUAAAGUGCAGAUUGAAUUACGGUGCUGCUCAAAACCUCUCACUGCCACCUACACCUUCCAGAUAAAAUCCAGGCUUCCUGGUCAGCCUGGAUGCCCUCUGUUUUCUCAUCCCUGACUACUCCCUCACCCCAGGGCCCCUGUGCCAGAUCCCUAGGCUACUUGCUGACCUCCUGCCAAGUGACUCCCAGAUCUUGGUUUGCAAAUGGAUGCUGUUCCAUGGGGAAGAUUUUAAAAUCUGUGGCAAACUGUAAAAAUAAGGUUUUCAUGAUAUUUUAAAAAUUAAGCCAACUUGAUUCAAUUUGAAGCAGAGUCCUUUAUUUGGAGGUUAUGUCCUUUCUGGAAGGAAUGAGAGAGAAAAAUAUUGUGUUUGUGAACUGAUCAUGAAACUAGUUCUCCCUUUUUAUUUCUAUUUCUGUGGUGCCGAAACCUGUAAAAAUUAAAAGUUAGUUAUUAUGUUGGUCCACUAUUUUUUUCUCUCCAAAACAUUCCUGUAAGUCUACCCCAUCUCUUUCACAGUUGCUGGCAGGUCUCUCCCCAAUGGCCUCCCAUCAAAAGUUCCCUGGAUCCCAAGUCAUGGUGCAGAUGUGGCCCCAGAGAUUUUUCUCCUCUUUUUCAGGGGGAUGAGUUGCUCCUUGACUUUUAAAGCACUUCUGACACUCUGAAUAUCUACUUGUCUCUGUGCCUCUGUCCUUCUGUCUCAGACCCUGAUCUCCUGGGAGCCAGCAGCAUAAGGGUCUAAGGUCCCUGCAGGGCUGAGCACAGGGCCUGACCUCAGCAGGUGUGUAAUGAAUGUAUGUUGUCUGUGUGAGUGGGAGGUUUCCUCCCACUGUGACUUAAGCUCUGUUUUACAAUAAAACUUU